AUGUCAUGGCCAUCGCUCCCGCCCCGGGCAGGUUAUCUCGCCCUGAAGAAUGGCAAACGUCGAAACGCCUUGUCCCUGGCCGUCUUGCGCGAGCUGCGGGACCAGCUCCACGCUUACAAUCGCUCGCCGGUCGAUGGCAAAGUGAGGUUCCUCCCUCCAUUCAAACCGGAACUCCUAGGACAAUUGGAAAUUGCUUCGCGGGAUCCUACAUCUGACGCCGGCCAAGAGUAUGGCUGGCUGCUACAUUCUAGCCAAUGGCUCCGGCAUCGCGAGGGUCUGCCGAACGUGAUCGUAUUACGAAGUGAAGGGCCCGUGUUUUGUUCCGGUCACGAUCUAGGAGAGCUCAAAACCCUCAGCCAUGAAGAGGUCAAGGAGACCUUCGCACUCUGCGCCGAGGUCAUGAGCCUGAUUCGACGGUCUCCUGUACCGGUAAUUGGGGCCAUUCAAGGUCUGGCUACAGCGGCAGGGGCACAGCUAGCCCUGACGACGGAUCUACCUGUGGCUGCUGCAGCUACUCAAUUCCGACUGCCUGGAGCAACGAUGGGCCUGCCAUGUACGUCGCCCUCGACGGCGGUGUCGCGCAGACUGGGACACGCGUUCACAUACAGAAUGCUGGCUUUGGCCGAGCCCGUGCGGGCUGAUCAACUGCCCGGAGGAGCAGUCCAAGUCGUAGCGGAUCAAGCAGCGCUGGAGGAAAGAUUGGCUCAGAUGGUCAGCCACCUGGCUGAGCGGACAGCACCACAGCCGACGGCGUUGGGCAAAUGGGCAUAUUGGACGCAAUUGGGGCUGAAUGGCCGCGAGUCUGGCGGUGACGGAUAUGAAGAUGCCGUUGCGUGGACGGGAAGAAUCAUGGCAUUGCACGCGAGAGCCGACGAUGCGAGAGAGGGUAUCAGCGCUUUCUUCGAAAAACGAACUCCCAAGUGGAAACUGUAA